AUGCCUACGUCCGAGAAAUCAAAGUGUGGCUCCAGCUCCAUCCGCACUAAAGCUCACACUCGCAAUGGAUCAGCUAAGCCUAGAUCGACAGUUAGUGAAUCCAUGCGCACCGGCAGCAGUAGCAGCAGCAAGAGCCGUAGAAAGGCAGCGUGCCGGAAUUCCACGAAGCCAGUCAGCCAGGCAUCUGAAGGACCAACUCCUCAACCGCCGAAGGAUGUCUCCCCGCUGGAACGAACGACACCCACAAGCGGGCUUCAGGAGCCUCAAGGGGCUGCUGCUCAACCAAAAGCGCCAGUGGACGCGGAAACACAGGCCUCCAUGUGCGCCUUGAAGUCCAACGCCCAUCACAACAAUACAUCGCGGGCAUCUUCCGGUGCGGUGAGCCCUUCCUGUGCAGAGCUACUGCCAGGGUUCGUCGCAAUAGACACCUGGGACGCAGUUCAAGCCAAUACAUACGUCGUCCUGGGCCACGGGCCGUACCAGCGCCGGGUUCUGACGUGUGGAAUGCUCUCCGUGACAGUGGCAUUUUUCCACUACCUCGCGUACAGACUCAUCGGCAGGCAGGUCGAUCACUGGUGCAGGGCCCCGGAGCACUUGUCGUUUCUGUCGGCCGCCGCCUGGAAAAACCUUUCCGUACCCGUCGAGGCUGACGGCAGCUACAGCAGAUGCACAAUGUAUGACCCGCCUGUGCCGGUAGGCGAAGAAGAAAACAGGACCGCUGUUCCCUGCCACGAGUGGGGCUACGACAUCGCGAACAAGGCAGACAGCAUCGUGAGUCGUUUCGACCUCGUUUGCGACCGGAAGUACCUGUACGACCUGUCCUCGCUCGCACCCAUCAUCGGUUCCGCUUUCGUAGCGCCCCUGCUUGGCUUGGCAUCAGACCGCAUGGGCAGGAAACCGGUGAUGCUGAUAUGCGCGCUCGUCCAGCUCUUGGCCACCGUCGCAUGCAGCUUCUCGCAGACGUACACGUUCUUCGUCUCCACACGGAUCUUGCUCUUCGUGGCGGCCGACGUGACCUUCCUUAACACAUUCAUCCUGAUCCACGAGGUGACAGGAAAUGAGCGUCGCUCGACGUUCACUAUCCUGGACACUGCAGUACCGCUCACCGUAGUCCCUCCGCUGAUGCAUGCGCUUUCUCUUCUGGAACCGCGCUGGAUGCUGGCCCAGGCGCUCCCCGUAAUCAGUGGUGUCAUGCUGGCGGUUUGGUGCUACCUGCAGGAAGAGUCGCCCGCCUGGCUCAUCGCAACACGACACAUCGCUAGAGCCGAGAGAGUGUUGCUGCUGGCAGCCAAAGAAAACGGCGUUGAUGUACCAAAGGCCCAGACGACGUUUACGGUCGUCAAGGAGCAGCUGUACAAGUUGGACGAGGAUCCCCCGAACGCGGCUCCAAUAGAGCGUGUAUUGGAGGCUGUUAAGACGCGACGUCGCGGAGUGUCCGCCCUACUGGCGAGGUUCGCUUUAGAUGCCACCUUCAUUGGCAUCACCAUUAGUGACGUGACCACUGGGGUUACCUGGGAGGUGGCACAUGUCAUCGCUUUCGCGGCUUACGUGGCCUCCAUCUGCGUUUGCAUACGGAGAUACGGCGUCAAGGAGACUUUGUCCACUCUUCUGGCCAUACUGAGUGCCUUCUGCGUUCUGGAAACGCUGGUGAUCGUCGCCGGCCAACAUACGUUGAGGCGGUUUGUGCACGAAGGUUUGAAAGUGGCCUUGUCCGGCGCAACAGCCGUCACGUUUUGCUAUACGGCAGAGACCUUUCCGACGGCUGUACGGAACGUCGGCAUCAGCCUAGCGCAUCUCACCGGUGGUUUAGGCGACGUCGUAGCCAUUGCCGUCAUACUCCUUACCGAACAACAUGCCAGUCAUGUGUUUUAUGCCCUGUCGGCCUUCAUGGACAACUACAUCCUCUGA